CAGAUCUCAGUCUGUGGCUCCAGUGAUGUGUGUGUUAUUCAGAGACCCCUGUCCUCCAUUUAUGUCCUCCUUAAGGACUGCCUGGCUGGGCAUCGGCCGAUAGGACUCCUGCUCCACAGAUGGGGAGCAGAGAUUACUUGUGAGGGAACUCAAAGGCCAUGAUUGACUGGCACAAUGGCACGACGCCCGGCCAGCGGGAGGAUGAGCGCAGCGCCCAGGAGAGGUCAGAGUGUGUGCUGGCUUACAUCCCUGUCGUCUACUACAGUGCUCUGUUGUGUGUUGGAGUGCCAGUAAACAUCCUGACGUUGGUGGCUCUUUACCGGCUGGUUGUGCGCACUCAGAAGGCCCUGUAUGUGUACCUCCUUGCUCUAACUGGUUCGGACAUCCUCAGCCAGCUCUUCAUCAUCUUCGUUGGCUUCCUGUUGGAAACGGCUGUGUUUCAUCGAGAUGUACCUGUGCUGCUGCUGCGGUCAGUUAGUAUGAUGGAGUUUUCUGCCAAUCACGCUUCCAUUUGGGCCACCGUUCCUCUUACAGUUGACCGAUACGUCGCUUUAUGCCAUCCACUUCUCCACCGGCAGAUCAGCUACCCAGCAAGAGCCAGACGGAUUAUUGCAGUGGUGCUUACAUUGGCGCUGGCAUCCGGAGUGCCAUUCUUCUGGUGGUCGGACAUGUGGAGGGUCAGUCAUGAGCCCAACAACCUGGAUACCGCCUUGAUUUGGACCCACGUGACUAUCAUUUACUUUCUUCCCUGCUGCAUCUUCCUGGUGCUGAACUCUUUGAUCAUACUGAGGCUCCGGAAGAGACAGAGGCAGCAGAUGUGCCAAGAUGAGAGCGGGCAACAGCUCGCAGUGCCAAGCAGGCUGGGUAAAACCACAGCAAUGCUCCUGGCAGUGACUUCUGUGUUUGCUGUGUUGUGGGCGCCUCGAACGGGAGUGGUGCUCUACCAUCUCUAUGUGACGUCGGUGCACAACGAUUGGCGGGUGCAUCUAGCGUAUGACUUAGCCAACAUGCUAGCCAUGCUAAACACUGCUGUGAAUUUCUUUCUGUACUGUUUUGUCAGCAAACCCUUCAGAGCGGCCGUGAGGGAUGUGCUGUUGUUUCGGGGGGCACCACUGCACCCACGUCGGCCCCUACGUAAUCAGCGCACCCCUGCCAAUGCCUCUACCUCCUCUAUUUCCAGCACCAAACGCUCCCAGCGAGAGGUCACUCCUCUUUCCCCAAAAAGGGCAGACAACAACAAAAUGUAGUCUUGCUUAAAUGGGUAAUAUACUUCAAAAUGAAAAGUCAUUAUUUACUUGCCCUCUUACUUAAAAUUAUGCCUUUUCUUUUUUGGUGUUUGUUGGUUGUACGUUAAAAAAGUAUGGUGUUGUUUUAGACUCCAUUUAACGUCAUUAUUUUGAUGCUUUUUUAUUUUAGAUUAUCUUGUUUUAUGUUUUGAAUAAGAUGGAAAUCCUGAGUAUAUCCUUAUAUUUGCAUUGUUAAAUGAGUUAAGCCCAAAUGAAAGCAUGGUGUCCUUAUUAUAAUGUUAAAAAGAGUUCAAAUUAGUUGUUUUUACAGAUUGAAAAGUUAAAUGGGUUAUAUAAAAUUCGAGUAGGGUCUGUCUGCGGACUGCAAGACAGGGGCCUGACAUUAAGGGGCCAUAGGGGUGUCACUUGUAGUACAGUAGAGGCGUAACUUGAUGUUAUGUAGACAUGUCAAAACUAGUGUUUGUUGUCGGAAAGAUGGCGCUUUACAUCAGUUUACCAUCUACACCUACUCCAUACCUAAACCCAACAAUCACAGUUAAACCCAACCAUCAGUUAUUAACGUCUAUGCCU